UUUUACCGCGAAGCCGGCUACAUCAUGUCAGCAGGAGGAGCGCGAAUUCUCAUCAUCUUGACUACUUUGGCCGCAACAUGCACUUCUUCGGCGCACCAUGGAUGGGACGAUUAUCAUUACAAGAAGCCUUUACCCUCUGAAGUUAUGGUGGAUGUUAUCAACAAUUUGGGAUUAGCCUUAUUAGAAGUACACAACGAGCAGAAUCACAAUAACAUCGCAAUAUCACCGUACGGAGCAACCACAGUUCUUGUGGCGCUUCUCGAAGGAGUUACUGGGAACGCGGCACAAGAAAUCAUAUAUGCUGCAGACCUUCCGCACGAUUACGCUGUUAUGCGGGUAGGUCUAAGAGAUAUACAUCGACAUCUAAAGAGUUACUUCAUACCGAAGGAAGGUUUUCUCGCAGGUCUAACUUUGAAUCACGAGAACAUUACAUUGAGAAGGGAUUACGAAGAGAUCCUUAGAUUCUACGGCUACGAUUUAGAAUCUUUCAAUAAUCCGGCCUAUCCUGAAACGACCACACCGAUCGCAACCACUACAACCAAAGAUAAAACAACAACAACUGAUAUGCUUGAAACUACGACAAUCCCAGCAACCACGCAAGAAAUUACUGAAAAAAUAGAUACUACUACCACUGUUCCAACUACAACUAUUACGAUGAAAGCUGAACCGACAACUGUCACUGAAAUAACUAGUACUACGUUUAAGCAGGAAACUGCAAAUACUGAAAACGUUGAAAGAACUACAAGGAUGGAUGAUAUUAGCACAACUAUAAAAUCGUCAACUGAUGACAUUAAAGAAUCAUCGACAACUCAAGAAACUACAACUGAUGCACAAAGUUCUACGCAAGCAAAUGAUGUUAUUACAACAUUAAAAUCAACUGUAGAUCCAAAACAGAAAUAUACCAAAGUUGAAGAUACUACAAUACAAAUAACAACUGAGAAUGAUAUUGGUACGACUAAGUCAGAAAAAACGGAAGGUACGACUGUAGAAGAUGAUGUAACUACCACUACCAUUAGUUCAUCGACAGGUCGAAUGGAAAAAUAUACGGAUGUAAAAGAUGUAGUUAAGGAAGAAUUUACUGAAGCAGAGAGCUCAUACUCUACUCAGAAUAAAUUCGUAACGAGUACAUUUAAUGCUAAUGGUGGUUCAACUACAAAUGCGAAUCCGACGAAAUUCGAUUUGCUGAGCACGAUGUUUUUCGAUUCAGAUGAAGACGAGGAUCUAGCUACAACCGAAUCAAAGAUCACAGUUAAUAUUAAAGAGACUACGAUGACAUUAUUAAAUUUAGAUGCUACAACCACAUCAAAUAAUGAUAUAAUUACUGAUGUGAAUGGUCAGGAUGUGAUGAAAGCAACAUCAACUAAUUUAGCAGAUGUAACAACAGAACAGCAGAAAGAAAUUAUUACAGAAAACUAUUUCACUGAAAAAAAUAUAACUAACGAAAUUGAACAAACAACUAUAGUGACUACAGAAACUGCUGCUGCUACGGAUUUAACUCCAAAUCCUUCUAAUGAUAAAACGACAGUGAAUAACAUUGAGCAGACGACGAUUGUAACGACUGAGUUUACUAAGAAGAAACUUGAUACAGAUUUGAUUUUAAAUGAUAUGGAUUUGCAGAAUAGACCAACUAGGCAAGAUGAUGUGACCGAGUCAGCGCCGUCUCCAUAUGCUAUUGGUAGUACGGAAUCAAGUCAACUUGAUGCUGUGAGUGAGGAUAAUUACGAGUACGAUUAUAUGACAUCGGAGUUUCCAUAUAGCACCGCGUUCAGCGGCACCGAUUUAAAGAUGGAUUAUUACACACUCAGCCACGCUUCAGUAUCUGAAGACACUGAUUAUGAAGAGUCUUCCAGUCAGUCGACUGAGAUUGGUGUAAGCGAAACCACGGAGCGAAAUAAACGGGAAUCCGAUUUUUUCGCCACAAUCUCAGCGUACAUUAGACCGGAAGUCAUAAAUUCAACGAAAAGAUCGAGAGGCACUCGUUCCGUCAUUGAUUACAUAAUAGCUCGCUAUUACGAUACGUAUCAAGUGAACAACGAUAGGAAAUAUGUGCCACGACCGCACUAUUCUUCCUACCAACCCGAACUUCCUCACACUUUCCUAGUAAAUGGAAACAUCCGGGAACCGAACAUUAGCUUCAUGACCUACGACACCGUACUGCCCUUCAGAUACCUUCCAGAACUGGACGCAAUGGCUCUGAGUUUCCCAUUGGACAGUAAUAUGUAUUACCUGCUGCUCGUUCUGCCAGUCGAAGACGACGGUAUCGACAAGCUCAUAUAUAAAUUCAGGAAAUUCACGAGUCUCAAGAACGUCAUCGAGAGUCUGAAGUACACUCACGUCAAAGCUAUAAUACCUAGCUUCAUGCUCAAAGGAUAUGUCGUACUAACGCCUACGCUCCAAAAGUUAGGAGUACGGAAGAUUUUCGAGCCUAGGCAUGCCGAUUUCAGUUUGCUGACUAAAGACCGUAACAUUUAUGUGACGAACAUAGAGCAAGCGGUAACUGUGACAAUAAGAAAUUACAUGGAUAAUCCGAACGGAGCCAGGAAGUUGCAUGAAUUUAGACCUGUGGAAUUCCGAGCGGAUCACCCAUUCCUCUACUUCGUUAUGGACUCGCAGCUCCACGUUAAUCUUAUGGCAGGCAAAAUAGUGAAUCCGCUUAAUUCUAGAAUUAAAUAA